AUGCAAUACAUCCAUAGGAUCAUGAACGAAAGCGUAACGAACAACAUCAACAACAACAGUGAAAACAUCAACAACAACAUCAACAACAACAACAAAAACCGCGCCUCCCUUAUAGAUUUCCAGAUGAACUCAGCAAGUUUCGAUUCCCAGUUGACCAAUGAUGACAUCAGCAAGGCAGCAGAAAUAAAGAAAAUAAAAAAAAAUACAGCUCUCGAGAAGAGCAAUCUCGUUGAGAAGAGGAACCACAUAUGUGACAAAUACACAAAGCCCACGCUCCCGCCAGUUGUUGAAUUUUUAUUCUUUGAAGGCCUCAACAAUAAUACUUUAAUUUUCUGCUUAAAUACAAACUCACAAGCCUCUUCAACACACGACAACAUCUACUUCAUCCUCGGCGUGUCUUACACAAAAAUUUUCACCAAAACUUGGCAUCUUACAAAUUAUUGA